AUGCCGCAGGUGAGUGCAGAGAAGGCCGUCGGUGCGGGUAUGACGGAUGUGGUGCGCAUUGACGGUGUGUACUACGACACAAUGAAGCUUGCCGCUAUUCAUCCGGGCGGUCCCAUGAUGAUUAAAAUGGCCAAUGGCACCGAUGCCACACGCAUAUUUGUCAGCUACCACCGCCGGCGGUUCCCCCAUACAAAGUACAAGCAAAUGCAAGUGGCGGCAGCCGAAGUGAAGUGUGAACUGAUCCCCGAAGAAGACACGCCCAACUUUGAUUUGUACUUGGAGCUUUGUGAAAGAGUGCGGCCGAUUCUGAGGCCCACGAAUGGAUUUGCUCCCUGGUAUUACUUCAUUAAGGCUGCGGUGUGGUGCCUACUUUUGUUGACCCUGGACUUGUACGCCGUCUUCGCAUGGCGUCCACAUCCCCUAACGCUUCUUCAAUCACUCGCCAUGGCAAUGGUGGGGUUGAAUGUGCAGCAUGAUGCCAAUCACGGGGCACUGAGUCGGAACCCUGUCGUCAACAGAGUUUUUGGUCUGAUGCAAGACCUACUGGGGGGCAGUUCUAUGAGCUGGAUUAUUCAUCAUGACUUUAUUCAUCACAUCUACACCAAUGAUCCGCAUCGUGAUCUUGAUUUGGAAAUUCCUUUGCUGAGGCUGCACCGUUUUGUUCCCAAGCGCUAUUACUAUGGUCUUCAGCAUUUUUACUUCCUGUUCCUUGAAGCCGUCUUUGGGCCUAUUCAUGUGGCUUCAAAUUUUUUGUUUCUGUGGUCUGGGCCGCAGAAGAGGCUUUUGUUACUCCGCGAUGAGUGGAGACUUAGCUGUCUCCUGACGACAAUACCUCUUUUACGUUUAGCAUUUAAUUUUCUGCAUGCCCCCAGCAUAUUUGAUGCAUUGUUGGGGUCAUUUUUUCAGUACAUCUUGGGUGGGAUGUAUCUUGCUUUCUUUUUCCUGGUUUCCCACAACUUUGCCGGGGUGAAGAAGCAAGGAACCAGUGACGGUGAGUGCUUUCUCAGAGCUCAGGUGGAGACAAGCAGCAGUGUGGGUGGGUGGUGGCUGGGCCACAUAAAUGGUGGCCUGAACUACCAGAUUGAGCACCACCUUUUCCCACGUGUUCAUCACAGCUAUUACCACUACAUUGCUCCCAUCGUAAAGGACUUUUGUUUAAAGCAUGGUGUUUCUUACAUUUAUUUUAAUACCCUAUGGGAUAAUGUGGCCAGUACCGUGAAACAUCUGAACACUUAUGGGCAUGGCAAGGAAGAGGAGCUGGCAGGUAAAAAAUAA